AUGUCACCUGCUGUUGAGAUUCAAGGUGAUCCUGUUGAUACCUAUUGUCACAUCAUGUUCAAGGUCUGUUUGUACAACUCCCUCCAUGGCUCCUUAAUGCAUGCUACUGGUCAUGGGAACUGUGGAUGGUGGGACAGCACGUCUUAGUUUUCCCAGUAUAGCUGGAGGUACACCACCAAUGAAAAUGAUUAUAGAGCGAAAACCUGUAUGGGGAACUGGAAUGAAGAGCGAUACAAUAUCCAGAAAAUUGUGCAGCACAAGCCACUUCCUUCCCAGUAUACUCGCUGCUUUGAAACAACAUACUCUUCCAAUUACAACAAAGGAAAGCAUCAGAGAAUGAAAAGAUUUGAAUGAGAACCUCAUUGGUUUCCAGGACACCACCCUGAGUUGGAAUCUCCUUCGUUCAACCCAGUUGCUCAGUCCUACUGCACAAUAUACUACAGGCCUCCAUAUGGCAGCAUUUACUUUGCUUGUGUCCAGCACUCAGAGAAAGAGCAAAAAGGAUGCAGGAAACGCAACCAAGAUGGAAAGAAUCUGCAGGCUAUGCCUUCAGAAAAACAGGAGGCCUCCUAA